CCGACUGGAGACAGUACUCACAAGCACCUAGUUUCUAUCAAGACAGAGAGUGUUUACGUCCUCGACGCCGAGGACCCCGGGGAUUUGGAAGCAAUUGGAAAAAAGGGCGGUUUGUCAGUAACUGAUCUGGAAUAAAAAAAAAGAUGACCCCCCGGCGUUCUUGUCGCUGCUCAUGGCUUGCAGUGCAUUUCUGGCAUGCCCGAUGGUAAGAAGUCCAGUUGAGCCCGGGGAUUCUCAUUAAUACCUCCACUGUAAAAGGGGCUCUCAGUGUGCGCUGAAACUUGAGAGCCGGGAGUGGUUAUCUGAGCUCCGGGGGGAUGAGUCUCCGGAGGCCAGCUGCCCACCUGCGAAGAGCGCCGGGCUGGAGGAGAUCAGGAGAUGAGUCCUGCUGGGAGAGCUUGAUAGCGGAGGGGGAGUUUCUGCCCCGUGCCUCUCGUCCGCCAUCGUCCCGUCGGCCCCAGAGUGCCAUUGAGGGACGCCAGCUGGACGGCUGGUUGGAGCACCUGCAGUUGAUGCAGAGCGACCCCCGCAGGGAGCCAGUUCGCGACCAUGUUCCGGUGUUCAAUGCUCGCACCACAUCCUCGGCCACACUUGAGCAAACAGGACGUACCUGGGGACGUCAGGGGACCCCGUCCUACAGCAGGAGUUCGUCGUCAUGUGGGAGUCCCAGCCUGUGCGAGAGCUCACUGGGCAGCCAGGAGUCCCUCCGGACUGGCGUCUUUUUCCCGUCGGAGCGCAGGGGAAGCAGUGAGAGAGCGCACAUCACGCAGGCCCCAAGGAAGCAGCAGACUCAACUCAGUCACCUUGCUCCUGUCAGAAUUGGGUGGCUGCCAAUCCAGAGACGAGUGAUGGUGGUGGCUGAUGGUGGACAAAACCCAAGUCAGAUUUUGGACCAAUCUGCUGGCCAGGUCAAACUGAAACAACCCAUCACGCCAACAUUUUGGAAGAAUCGAGCCACGCCCAGGCCACAGGAUGGAGAGGUUGGAGGAACUCACACCAGUCCAAAGGCUUUAGGUGUGGAGGCGUCGCAGACAGCUGAUCGAGGCUCGCCCGCCAUUAAGCAGGUGACGGAAAAACGAAGCUCGCCCGACAACGAAGGGACCAGACUCGUGGGCUGGCAGGCCCUGAGGAGAGGCUGGAACUCUGUCAGGGCGUCAGCGUUCCCCGGAUGCAGUCGCUCCAUCGAGCGCAACUCGGAUCCCAACGGGAAGUCCCCACCGAUGAGCGCAGCCGGCGUAGAGGCCCUCGAGCACGCUCGUCUGCAUGGGGCAACUUCUGCCGAGCCCUGCGGACCACAGACUCUCCCGCAAGGCACAAACAGGAGCGCGGAGGCCCGCAGCCCCCGCGCUCCUUUGCACCGGGCGAACAGUGUUCAGCCUGUAAGGGCAACGGCGCCGCUGCUUGCGGCAAACAGCGGCCCGCAGCCCUCGCGCAUACAGACGAGCUCUGCCGUGACCACCCUCAUCCCUCAGAACAAGGCUGGCUUCUCCUCCAUCACCAUAUCCUCAAGGAAAGUGAGCAGAUCGUCCAGCCUGCCGGACCCCGACACCCGCGAUCACUCUUCCCGCUCGCCGCCGCCAUCGCACCGGCCCGUGGAUCCGAACUACCGGCAUGUGACCGUGCAGAGGAAGGCCACUAUAGUCAAAGUGACGGAGCAAAGGGUCACGUCCGGCCCUGUCCCAGGCGCGAAAAGUGUCGGCGCGCCACCGGCUAGCCAGGGUCUGGACACGGUGGUGCACCGGCGAAGGGCAACCAUCAUCAAAGUGACGGAGCACAGGGAGAGCUACAGUCCGGCCAAGGUAGGUCCCGGGACGAGGCCGCCGGAGUACAGACACAGCUACAUAGAGGGCGUGUACGAGGGCAACGACACAUGCAGUCGGGGAAACCAAUCGCAACACACUGCGCGGCCGUCGUGCCAACUUUUGGAUUCCACAAAGACGCCAGGGCCUUCUGUCGCACGGUAUCCAGCCAAUCCUGAUCCAGAGGAAAGCGGCGGCGCUCUACACAGGUCCACCGCGAGCCUCUUUAUGAGCAACCCCCCCGCGGUGGCGGCGACCGCUCCCCCGGCAGUGUCCCCGAGAGCUGCUGGACCGAGAUGGGACGGGCCGCCGCGCAGACCACGGAGCUGCUACGGCGACGCGUUCGGACACACCGAGCCCAGCGGGGCGAGACCGGCCGCCAGGAAAUGGAGCUUUGGGCUCCCGCCGGAGACCGCCACCGACCCCGUGAACUCCGACAGGGGUCCCGUCGGCCCCGGGGCCGCGGUGGAAGAUGGAGGCCAGCCCGUCGCACGCGGCCGAGGGCCAAGCAGAGGCGAGGAAGAGAGAGCGCCGGCGCCAGGGGCUGCAGUGAGGAGAGCGUCCUCCUGUCUCACACUCAUCCCGGCCCCUGAUCCCCACUCGCAUCAGUCUCCGGAGGAAGUGCUCGCGCUCAACGCCGCCGCCGUCAUCGCAAACAUCAAGCUCCAAAGACAACUCAGUAAGAAGAAGACGCCACAUGGCAAUUCCGCGAAGGACUCCGCGGCAUCACUCCAGGGAAAUACUGUGACAGAUAUGUGUGUGAAGCAACAUCCGGACCGAAGCCCCGCCCGGCGCCACAAGACGCAUCAUGCUGCGUUCGUUCCGCUGAGUCUUGAUCCGGAGACAUCGCCUGGAAGUGUUUCUCUGCAGGAGUCGCUACGGAGGGCCAGACCAGACCUCAUCCGCCGCUCCCAAGGCCGAGUGCAAGAGCUGGAGCGAAGGGCGCGGGCGAGGAGGGGGAAGAAGACCGGUCCGACAGGCCCGCGGUCGGGUGCUGCUCCGAGGCAGAGAAGAGCCCACCGUGUCCGGUCUACCUCUCUGAAUGAUAACCUUGUCAGACCCAGCGAUAGAGUCAUUACUGGGAAAGAGAUGCAUCUGGGAUCCAAAGGGCCUGCAGAUGUGAAGAGGAAAAAGGAUGAAGAGAAGAAUAGGGAGGUGUGUUUGACCAACAGGCAGCGAGUGGAACUUUUCAAAAAGAGGCUGUUGGAUCAGAUUCUACAAAGGGGCAACAACUGAACGCCUGGCAGCGGAUGAAGAUGGUGGCAUGACAAACGCCUGUAGCUCGGCACACACGGGCUGAAGAUGUGAGCUGUUGACUGUGCUGGAUACGAGUUAGAAUGUGUCAGCGUGGGUCUUGAUGUACAACUUUAUAGCCUCAUCUGGGCUUUCACCGCUGCUUGUUUCUCCCGUGCAUUCGAAUAUGCGUAAGUGCACGGCAAGCGUUCCAAAGAACACCAACACAGAAGGUCAUCUAACAUCAAUUACUGCUGUUUUGAAGCUUUUCUUUUCCUUUUUCCCCCCCACAGCCCCCGAAAUGAAAAAUAGACUGUCAGAUGCACAGUGAGGAAAGAACUUUAAACUUUUUAAACAACAUGGACAGAAGUUGCACGUCUCCUUGCUCAUCCCAACAGAUCAAAACAUGAUGAUACAUCUUUUUUUUUAAUAGGUUAAAAAUCCUUAAAGGUUCUUUUUUGUCUUUUUCUCCAAGUCAGACGGACAGAAGCAUCUUUUAAUACCUUCAGAAUAGUGUGAUGAGCCCUUUUGUGUUUGGAUUUUUCUUUUGAGAGAGACAGAGGCCUGUCACUCAGCUGUCCUUCAUGUGGCCUCACGCGGAUGUAUGAAAUGUCAGCUCACCGCUCUGUUUCGGUUGUGAUCAAAUGUCACUGACGAACAAGUUGACUGACGAGCCCUUUUGAUCCGAUGCAUGCGUCUUUCAUCACCGCGUCACCUUCUUUUCACUUGAUCCCAAACUGCUGCCCUCUGCAGAAUAGUCUGUGUGACAGGACACGGAGCACCAAAAGCCACUUUCACAUGAUCUCAUGUGAUGUGAAGACAAAAUAAUUCAUUCAUUAGUCACUGUCCCAUCGGGGGGGGGGGGGCAAAUUUUCAACCGUCCUUUUUUAUUAUAGAACCAAAAGAGGCGGACAGACGCCUGAAGUGGACUCGGCUGUUAGUCAGUGCCAGCUACUGGCAGUGAGACGGAGGAAUGUGACCCCUUCUCACUGGAAAUGCCCCGUUAAUGGAGAGUGGCGAUUUGAAAGGAGCUUUUGUCCCAUGAUGGACCGGGACCUGCCAGCGCACAUUUAGAUUUGUGUGUUUGGAUCCAAAGUGAACGCGCCGCUCAACAACAUGAUGGAGCUGUGGCCAUAAAUCCAAAAUGAGACGUGUGAAUAUUUUGUUUUGGGGGGUUGGGGGAUAAUAGACAACGGAGCAGAUGCAUCUUAUCAUUACUCUUUGUUGUCAUUUUACUUCAUUAGCCUUGAAGUUGGUCUCCUGUCACCGUCCAGCUGUUUUCAUCCGUCUAAAUUUGCGCUGACGCCUUGGAGAAGACGGAUGAUGGCUGCCGACUAUUUUUGUAAAACCUUUUAUUUCACGUCGGCGCAGAUCCACGCGUGGGUGUGUUUGGACAGUGGGAGUCUAUUAAUAACUGCGACCGUGAAUUAUAAUCGUUUCCUUCUCUCUGAAAUUAGCAGAAAGUAGAGUACGACAGUUGUGAACCAAGGACGAAAUGUUGUGUUGUGUUUUCUAUAUUCAAAGAUGACCUUAUUCCUCUUGGUGUCCACCCACUUGUCUAAUGAAGUAGAGGGUUUUUACUGUGAAGCGUGAUACAGAACAUGACUGAAUUCUUCAUACUUCCAACUAUUCAUUUUCUAUUUCAAUCUUCAUAUAUGUAUUUCAUAUGUGAGUCAUGUCUCAGAUCUCUUUUGUCAGAUUUGCACUCCUCCCAACUGUACACUGACAAAACAACGGAGGUGAGAUGGUAAUAAAGUUGAGAUUAACUAUUGAUCUAUCUGUCCCGACAGAAA